GCGCAGCUGAUGCCGAUAGCUCACACGCUAUGCGCUGAAGCGAAACGCUUAUUCAUUCGGGCGCAUCGUCAACAGUCCAAACUUGACAUUCAUCGUAAACACUUGACCAGUGCGCUACUGUUGAGCGGGCGUGAAAACGAGUUCGCGUGCUAAUUAUUUUGUUUAGUUUUUUUUUGUUUGCUAGCGAAAGCGAUUAAAUCGAAUUUUAUUAGCCACAAAGUAGUUAUGCAGCUUUUUAUAUUUGCCAUUUUCGCAUGUGCGUUGCUGCGUUGUGAUGCGUCGUCGCCUAACCAUACACGUGUAAAGCGCAUUGUGGGUGGCCGUCAAUCGAAGGCGCCGCCACCCGAUGAUCCGGUAGUAUUCACGCGCACCUUCAAUCGCGAUGCGCGCGUCGAAGGUUUUCGCAAUGAACGCACCGGCAUUUACUCAUUCCUCGGCAUGUAUUACGCCGAACCACCAAUUGGCCUCUUGCGUUACGCGCGUCCGGUCUACAAACGCAUGGCUGGCGACAUCAAUGCCACCAGUCACGGGCCGCCCUGCAUACAACCCGAUCCGUAUGAUCCGCGCCGUCUGGUGGGCGAGGAGAAUUGUCUGCUGCUGAACGUUUACACGCCGCGCAUGCCGGACGAAAACACCGGCUUACCGGUUUACGUGUGGAUACAUCCGGGCGGUUUCCGUUAUGGUUCUGCAGCGCAAUACGAUGCCACGCCCAUAGCGCAACAGGGUGUAAUAGUUGUAGCGCCACAAUAUCGACUCGGUUCUUUGGGUAUCAUGGGCGAUGGCACCAAGGAGUUCGAUGGUAAUUUGGCGAUCUUCGACAUGGCAGCGGCGUUGCGUUGGGUUAACGAUUACAUUCAUCACUUUGGCGGCGAUCCAAAGCAGGUGAAGGCCAUUGGCCAUGGCUCGGGUGCAGCGAGCGCAAUGUACUUGUCAAUGUCGCGCUCGGCGCGCGCCGCUGGUGACGUGUCGGGCGUGGUGGCAAUGUCAGGCACGGCGCUUUCUCAGUACGCCACCGAUAAGGAACCGGUGCAGAGUGUGGAAGAGGUGGCGACCAUCAAUGGCUGUCCCACAACAAAUGAGCUGGCGAUUGUGCAGUGCUUGCGGGAGAAAUCCGCCGAAGAGAUCAUUCAAAAUGACUCAAAAGUCCAAACGGAGCGCCUUGCCGGACGCGCCUUGGUCAAAGGCCUCUCCGGCAACGUAGGCUUCACACCGCACAUUGAGGGCGAAAAUGAUGGACGUGCGUUGCCUAGCUUAAUCGUUGGCGAACCAGAGCAACAGCUGCGCAAUGGCAACUUCACACCCAUACCACUGCUGACAGGUGUCACUAAACAUGAAACCGCGAAUGCUGUCAGCCUCGAUACGCUGAAUAAGAUUUUUGGCUCUGCGCAACAGUUCCUCAAUUCACUCACCGAUGCAUUGAAGGACCUGACCGGAUUUCUGCGCAUCGAUAGCCUUACAGGUGAAAUCGCAAAACCCGUACUACCUGGACUCACGUCGGCAUUGACGCCCACAUUGAAUGAUUUGCUAAAGGUGCCUGAAACGCUAAAUUUGGAUCAAGUGCUGUCAAAGGUCAUUGAAUCCACCACCGAUAUACUCUUCAAUCUACCCGCCGUUUUGAGCACACAGGUCUGGUCACAGCUUGCGCCCUCAUUUAUGUAUAGUUUCGAGUAUAACGGCACACGAUCGAAGGGCAUAAAUUUCUUGCGUGGCCUGCCGAUAGUCGCCGAGACAGCUGCUAAUAAUAACACGGAGGUAGUAGCGCAUGGCGAUGAACUCGGCUACAUGUUCGACGCGAAUGACUUGUUCGGUAAUCCCAUACCAGAAGCGCAGCUUAGCGAUGCCGAGGACUUAAAAGUGCGUCAGAAUUUGAUUGGCAUGCUGGUGAAAUUCGCCAAAUCGUUUGGUGGCGAAGACGGAAAAGCAUCUACAGAAGAUUCACUUUUUCAAAGCGUAACCGGCAAAGGUGUGCCAUUCAUAAAGGUGGAUACAGAGUUAAGUGCCGGCAGUGACUUUCGAUUUUGUGAGCUCUCAGUGCUGGGUGCCUCACUCACUCCUUUGACUUCAACCACAUGCAAGAGUUUGGGUGGUUUGCUUUCACCGCUGACGGAUGUAGUUGGUGGUACGCUUGGUAAUACUUUGGGUGGUGUCGGCGGCGUGCUAGGUGGCGGUGGUGGUGGUGGUGGAAGCGGUGAAAGAAAUAUUGGCGGUGGUGCUGUCAGUGGAGUUGGAAAUACUUUGGGUGGCGUGCUGGGCGGAGGUGCAAAUCGCGGUGUAAGACCCGGGGCUGGUCGUGGACAGGACGGUCGUUUUACUAGUAGGGAAACCGGAGGUUUACUUGGCGCCGGUGGAUUGCUGGGAUGAAAAUAUUCAUGGUUUUGUAAUUUUACUUAGGUAUGUCUUCAUAAAACUCAACAAGUAUGUGAAGAAAUAAACAGUUAUAGGAAAACAGUU